CCCGGUGGAAAACUGGCUGGGCUUCUGGCUUUGGAGCUGGGAAUUGUGGGAGGAGGGCCCAGAUCCCACUGGAGAUACCGAAGGAGAUACCCUUUAAUAUUGGGAUCCCAGAAACCAGUCCUACAUCUGGCCAGAGGGACACCGGGUUGUGGCAUCUCUUCAGCUGCUACCCAGAAGGAACAGGGCCCCCUGGGGCCUAUAGGCCUUGCCCCUGACCCUGGGGACACCCAGCUCAGGCCUGCCCCAGUGGCCACAAGUCAGGGAGGCCGCAAAUUUUUAACUAGACACAUUGAUCAUUAAUAGGGGGUUAGAAAGAGUUCAAACUGAGUCUCACUCUGGGACAUAGACCAAUUGUGCCUCAGGCCUCCUGCAGAGAUGCUGGGUCCCCAAGUCUGGUCCUCUGUGAGGCAGGGACUAAGCAGGAGCUUGUCCAGGAAUGUGGGGGGCUGGGCCUCAGGGGAGGGGAAGAAGGUGGACAUUGCGGGCAUCUACCCCCCUGUGACCACCCCCUUCACUGCCACUGCAGAGGUGGACUAUGGGAAACUGGAGGAGAAUCUGCACAAACUGGGCACCUUCCCCUUCCGAGGCUUCGUGGUCCAGGGCUCCAAUGGAGAGUUUCCUUUCCUGACCAGCAGUGAGCGCCUCGAGGUGGUUAGCCGUGUGCGCCAGGCCAUGCCCAAGAACAGGCUCCUGCUAGCUGGCUCCGGAUGCGAGUCCACUCAAGCCACAGUGGAGAUGACCGUCAGCAUGGCCCAGGUCGGGGCUGACGCGGCCAUGGUGGUGACCCCUUGCUACUAUCGUGGCCGCAUGAGCAGUGCAGCCCUCAUUCACCACUACACCAAGGUUGCUGAUCUCUCUCCAAUCCCUGUGGUGCUGUACAGUGUCCCAGCCAACACAGGGCUGGACCUGCCUGUGGAUGCAGUGGUCACGCUUUCCCAGCACCCGAAUAUUGUGGGCAUGAAGGACAGCGGUGGUGAUGUGACCAGGAUUGGGCUGAUUGUUCACAAGACCAGGAAGCAGGAUUUUCAGGUGUUGGCUGGAUCGGCUGGCUUUCUGAUGGCCAGCUAUGCCUUGGGAGCUGUGGGGGGCGUGUGUGCCCUGGCCAAUGUCCUGGGGGCUCAGGUGUGCCAGCUGGAGCGACUAUGCUGCACAGGGCAAUGGGAAGAUGCCCAGAAACUGCAGCACCGCCUCAUUGAGCCAAACGCUGCGGUGACCCAGCGCUUUGGGAUCCCAGGGCUGAAGAAAAUCAUGGACUGGUUUGGCUACUAUGGAGGCCCCUGCCGCGCCCCCUUGCAGGAGCUGAGCCCUGCUGAGGAGGAGGCACUGCGUAUGGAUUUCACCAGCAACGGCUGGCUCUGAGGGCAGGCAGGGUCCAUGGCUGGCCUGAGCCCAUCUCAGCCUCCUGCCUUGCACUUGCAGCCUGAAGUGGAGAGCGCAGGGGGAUGAGGGUGGCGGGCAGGGGUGAGCCGGUAGAGGUUCCUUUGCCUACUUUGGCCCUCCAGGCAGCCUUUCACAGGCACACCCAUGCACAUCUCCUAUUCUCAUGGCCGCUGACCUCUCGCUUUUGUAUCCUAAACUGUCUCUCUGGUCUGAAGAGUGGGAAGGAGCAAUUUCUCAAUUUAUCUCUCUACUGUGGAUGCUUUUCUACGCCCUGAGGCACAUGAAGUCAGAAAGGAAGGGCAGAGGGGCAAGUAAGCACAGUAAGGGAAUUUUUUUUUCUUUCUUUCUUUCUUUUUUUUUUUUGAGACAGAGUUUCACUCUGUCGCCCAGGCUGGAGUGCAAUGGCACGAUCGUGGCUCACUGCAACCUCCGCCUCCUGGGUUCAAGCGAUUCUCCUGCCUCAGCCUCCCGAGUAGCUGGGAUGACAGGCGCCUGCCACCACGCCCAGCUAAUUUUUGUAUUUUUAGUAGAGAUGGGGUUUCACCAUGUUGGCCAGGCUGGUCUCGAACUCCUGACCUCAGGUGAUCCAACUGCCUCAGCCUCCCAAAGUGCUGGGAUUACAGCCAAGAGCCACUGCACCCAGCUGGGAAUUUGUUUUAUCAAAGGGGGGACUACUUAGACUUGGGGCUUCAAACCUGAGUCUAGCACAAUGCAGCUGGAAGCCAGGGCUACUCCUACAAACCCAAGUUCUGACUCCUUCCAGGGAAGUAUCAGCUUAGGAGACUUGAUCAGGAAAGUGACACUGGUCUUUCAAAGAGCCCUCUUUACCCUCCCACCCCUGCCCUCCACACUGCAAGCUGCAUUCCAGCCACAAUGCCCUUUUCUAAAUCUAUUUUCAUUCAUCUCCUAUUCCGGUCUCUAGCCUUGACUCCAACCAUUGAAUGCACGGAGACAGCCCAGUGGCUUGUCAGAUUGGUAAAUAAUGACACCUGGUGGAUAAAUGUUGCAUUCUAGAAGACUAUUCUGGCCAGCCUAGGUCUGAAACACUAAGGGGACUUGGCCUGAGAUAGGGCCAUCCUCUUGCCUACAGGCACUCUGCUUUUAUUAUUAAAAAUAAUCACUUUGUUACUAUAAUAAAAUUUAACAGAUAAA